UUUUGUUUCUCUCUCGUAACUUCCCCCAAACAAUUCAGCACACAGAAAAAAGAGAGAUCGGCGAUGGCGGCGACGGAGCAUCUCGGCCUCAGUGGAGAAGACUACAAUGUCGACCUUUUGCCAAACAACGACGACGAUUCGCCGCCUUCUUCAUGGCGUCUCAGUCUCGAUACAUUUCGCCUCCCUUCUUCUUCUCCGUUGUCCUCUGGUCGCCACAACGGCCGUACUCGCUUGUCUCGUUAUCUCCGGACUCCGAAAAAGGAACGUAAAGUCUCUGAGUAUUACAAGAACCAAGAGAAGCUCCUUGAGGGUUUCAAUGAGAUGGAGACAAUUAACGAAACUGGUUUUGUUUCUGGAGCUCCAUCUGAGGAAGAACUGAAGAAGCUUGCCAAGAGUGAGAGGCUCGCAGUUCACAUCUCAAACGCAGCAAACCUUGUGCUUUUUGUAGCUAAGGUUUAUGCCUCUGUGGAGAGUAGAUCUAUGGCUGUGAUUGCUUCCACUCUGGACUCUCUCUUAGAUCUCUUGUCUGGAUUUAUUCUAUGGUUUACUGCUAAUGCCAUGAGAACACCAAACAAUUUUCGCUAUCCAAUUGGAAAACGGCGCAUGCAACCUGUGGGGAUUAUUGUGUUUGCAUCUGUGAUGGCAACUCUUGGACUACAAGUGAUACUAGAGUCAACCAGGCUACUUGUUUCCAAGAACGGUUCUCAUAUGAGUAGCACGGAAGAAAAAUGGAUGAUUGGAAUAAUGGCUUCUGCUACAGUCGUCAAGUUUCUACUCAUGCUUUACUGCAGGAGUUUCCAGAACGAUAUUGUUAGGGCCUAUGCACAAGAUCACCUAUUUGAUGUUGUCACCAAUUCAGUCGGUUUAGCAACAGCCGUAUUAGCUGUAAAGUUCUACUGGUGGAUUGAUCCCUCUGGCGCUAUAGUAAUUGCUCUGUACACAAUCAGCACAUGGGCAAGAACGGUUUUAGAGAAUGUCCAUUCACUGAUAGGACGCUCAGCGCCACCGGAUUUCCUGGCGAAACUAACGUUCUUGAUAUGGAACCAUCACGAGAAGAUAAAACACAUAGACACAGUGAGAGCUUACACGUUUGGGUCACACUACUUUGUGGAAGUUGACAUUGUUUUGCCAGAGGACAUGAGGCUACACGAAGCUCACAACAUAGGAGAGACUCUUCAGGAGAAGCUGGAACAACUCGCUGAGGUUGAGAGAGCUUUUGUCCAUAUUGACUUUGAGUUUACUCAUCGCCCAGAACACAAGUGCAAGGUUUAAAAAUCACAAUAGGUAUUGAUUUACUAGAUCUAGAGAGGAAUAAGCAGGUAGUCUCGGUUUCUGUGGAAUAUUUUUGUUCCUUUUAUAUGUAACAUUCCACAAAAGAUAACGAUUUGGAAUAUGUGUGUUAUGUGACAAUUUGGUCUUUUUUAUCAGGUCAAAAAUCAAGUAGGAAAUGGAAGAAGAUAAGUAAAGCGCAUAUUGAAAAUUAAAAUAAGACAGAUAAAGGCCUAAGGUUAUGUGUACUUUAAAUAAUUUGGGCCCAAUAAAGAAUGCAUGCUAUAUAAAUUAAUUAUUAGCCCAUUUUACGCAGAAAUAAGUCGGCUUUGAAAAUAUUAGAGGCCCAUUAGGUGAUUUGACUCAGCAAAAGACGGUCUUUAGGGUUUCGUGUAACCUAGAACCAUCGCUAUAUAAGCCGCCUUUUCCACGGAAUGUUCAUACAAACGACCAAGAGCGCUUCCCCCAUUUUUGUAGUGAAUUAUCUUUUUAGAUUCGGUCUUGUUUAGUUUUAUGGAUUAGGAGUUUAUUGAGAUCGUAGCCUGUGAUGUUUGAGAUUGUCCGUACCAUCUGAGUUUAUCAUUGAUGAUUACCUCCACUUUCUGAGGCUUUAGAUCUGUUUCUUGUGCUGUAAUUGAUGUUUGCUGUUUUAUCUCAUUAGCUAGUUAAUUCAAUGUUAGGAUGUUUUUGGUUUUGAGUGUUAGUAGGCGCUAAUGAUGAAACAAGAUUACCAUCAAACUUUGAGAGAUUCACAGCUCGUUGAUGCAUACUUCUUUUUAUAAUCUGAGCCUAAGUUUGUUUUUGAGUUAUGCUCUGUUUUUGUUUUUUUUUUUCGUGAAAGGCAACAAAUUAGAGUCUCUGAUUCACUUAAAUUCAAUAGUGGAAACAGUGCUGUACGUUGCCAAAAUUGACAUGGCGAUAUUCUGGUACUUGGUCUAGUUUUGAUAGUUCCUUGUGCAUUCAAAAGCCCUUAUAUGUUUCUGACAACUGAUUAUAAUUGAUUUUUUUUUUUCAUGUUAUUUUGUGGUCUGUUGAUUGGUUAGUUCUAGCUUAUGAAGGCAACAAAUUAGAGUCUCUGAUUUACUCAAUUCAAUAGUGAAUAAAGCGCUGUACGUUGCCGAAAUUGACAUGGCGAUAUUCUGGUACUUGGUCUAGUUUUGAUAGCUCCUUGUGCAUUCAAAAGCCCUUACAUGAAUUUACUCAGUUUAAUUGUCCCUUAUGAGUUUUUGAAAGGCAACAAAUUAGAGUCUCUGAUUCACUUAUUCAAUAGUGGAUAAAGCGCUGUACGUUGCCGAUAAGUACUUGGUACAAAGAUCACUCUAAUUGGCAAUCAUUUUUACUUAAGCCAAUAUGAUCGAUGUUCCUAAAUUGUUUCUGGCCAUGGUCUUGAUUUUGCACUAAUGUAUUUGAACCCAUGUAUUGGAAGGAACUGAAUUCUUGAACUAAUGUUUGGAAGGUUAUUUAAGAACCGAAUUUGUUUA